UCCCAAAUCCAACGCAGCUAGCACACACGCACCCAAAUCCAAAUGGCGGCGAUGGCGCGGCGCGACGCGGAGGCGGAGCUCAACCUGCCCCCCGGCUUCCGCUUCCACCCGACGGACGAGGAGCUGGUGGCGCACUACCUCUGCGCGCGCGCGGCGGGGCGGCCGGCCCCCGUCCCCAUCAUCGCCGAGCUCGACCUCUACCGCCACGACCCCUGGGAGCUCCCCGCCCGCGCGCUCUUCGGCCGCCGCGAGUGGUACUUCUUCACGCCGCGCGACCGCAAGUACCCCAACGGCUCCAGGCCCAGCCGCGCCGCCGGCGCCGGCUACUGGAAGGCCACCGGCGCCGACAAGCCCGUCCUGCACGCCGGCAGGACGCUCGGGAUCAAGAAGGCGCUCGUCUUCUACAGCGGCAAGCCGCCGCGCGGGGUCAAGACGGAGUGGAUCAUGCACGAGUACCGCCUCGCCGACUCCGCCGCCGUCGCCAAGAAGAAGUCCGGCACUCUCAGGCUUGACGACUGGGUGCUGUGCCGGCUGUACAACAAGAAGAACGAGUGGGAGAAGAUGCAGCGGCAGAAGGCGGAGGACGCCGCCAUGGCGGCGCCGUCGCACUCGCCGGGGGAGACGCGGACCCCCGAGUCGGAGAUCGACAACGACCCGUUCCCGGAGAUGGACUCGCCGCCGGCCUUCAACGACGCCGGCGUGCCCCUCCUGCCGCCCAAGGAGGAGGCCCACGACGACGACUGGCUCAUGGGGAUGAGCCUCGACGACCUUCAGGGCCUCGGCUCACUGCUGCAGGACGACGACCUCUUCGAGCUCGCCCCGGCCAAGACGGAGCCGCCAUUCUUCUGAUCACUCUCUCUCUCCUGCAAGAAGACAUGUUCACUACUGUACAUAAAUUCAGAGUUUCAGACAUGUUCAGAAUUCAGAUGGUCUAUGAUUACUUGAUUAGUGUAUGGAUGUUAGUAGUUUUGUAGAGUAGUAGGGAUAUACUCCAAAUUGGAGAUUGAUCAAGAAUUUGAUUCUAAUGUGCCGAGUGUUACUCCUCAUCAUCAUCAGAGAUUCGGAGGUGUGUCAAAGACUCAAAGUGACAUUCUUUUUCCUUUUCUUUUGGUUGUGGGUUACUGUGUUGUACUCAUAGAUUUGUUUGUCAGAUGAUUAACUGAGGAUAAGCUCAUCAUUUGCAAAUUGCUUUCUGUUUGAUGAUUUGAAACAAGUUCAGUGAAUAACAUAAAAGUUCGAUACCAGCAAUGGAAUUGU